UGCUUAUUUAAAGUUGAGGUCGUACGCUAGCAGCCUUCGCGAAAUUGGAGAGCUCGAGAAUACAGGAAGAAAAUGGCAGGCGAAGAGGGUCAGGUCAUCAGUUGCCACACCGUUGAGGCGUGGAACGAGCAACUCCAGAAGGGCAAUGACUCCAAGAAACUGAUCGUUGUGGAUUUUACCGCUUCUUGGUGCGGACCAUGCCGUUUUAUUGCACCAGUCCUGGCUGAGCUGGCCAAGAAGUAUCCAGGCGUCACGUUUCUCAAAGUUGAUGUGGAUGAAUUGAAGUCUGUUGCUCAGGACUGGGCAGUGGAAGCAAUGCCCACCUUUGUGUUCCUGAAAGAGGGGAAAAUUCUGGACAGAGUGGUGGGAGCAAAGAAGGAAGAAUUGCUGCAAACUCUUACUAAGCAUAUGGCAAUAGCCAGCGCUUAAUCUAGCUUCAGAGAGUGCCAUAGGCGUACUAUUUGGUGUUGGUUGUGUUUUUAUGUUAUUUCAUGCCAUCAGCUUCUGUUUACUCUUAAUCCUGGAUUGCCAAAGAAUAAUUAUCAUGUCUGGUGAAGGGCAUAUCAUAGAUUUGAGAUUUCAGUA